CGCUCGGCGAUUGCUCAGAGUCGAGGGGAGGAGCUGGCAGAGUCGUUGUUGUUUUGGUUUUUUUUUUUUCAAAUUGUGUAACUCUGUACAGGGAAGAGAAGAAAACUGUCUUCGCCAUGCGUUCAGCCGCCGAGAAGACAUGAGCAUAACCAGCUCUCGGACAAACAGCUUCAGUGAGGACCCCCAGACCGCCGAGCCCCCGAACGAGGGGAUGGAGAGAGGGCCAGCCCGCUGGGACACUAGACAGGAACUCUCUGAGACUGCAAACUCUGAGCUGCGGUGUGGAGUGGAGAUGUCGGGUGAGGUGGGUGCAAGGGCGCCCCCCUCGGAGUGGGUCACGCUGGUCGUUGAUAACAGCCGCUUCACGGUGGACCCCGGGAUCUUCACUGCGCACCCCGACACCAUGCUGGCCAGGAUGUUUGGUUCUGCCCGACAAUACAACUUCGCCAGGCCCAAUGAGAAGAGGGAGUUUGAGAUCGCAGAGGGGAUCAGCGGCAGCGUCUUUCGAGUCGUGCUGGACUAUUACAGGAUGGGGGUGCUGCGCUGUCCCGACGGUGUUUCUGUGCCGGAGCUCAGAGAGGCCUGUGACUACUUCUGCAUCAACUUCGACUGCAACACCAUCACGUGCCACGACCUGAGCGCCCUGCUUCACGAGCUGUCGAACGACGGGGCGCGGAGGCAGUUUGAGGGGUUCCUGCAGGAGCUGGUGCUGCCAGUGAUGAUCUCGAGUGCGCAGGGGGGGGAGCGGGAGUGCCACAUGGUGGUGCUGACCGAUGAGGACACUGUGGACUGGGAUCAGGAGCACCCCCCGCCCAUGGGAGAGGAGUACUCCCAGAUUGUCUACAGCACCAAGCUGUACCACUUCUUCAAAUACAUCGAGAACCGUGAAGUGGCCAAAGCGCUGCUGAAAGAGAGAGGCCUGAAGAACAUUCGCAUCGGCAUUGAGGGGUACCCCACCUGCAAGGAGAAGGUGAAGCGGCGCCCUGGCGGGAGGUCAGAGGUCAUCUACAACUACGUGCAGCGGCCAUUCAUUCACCUGUCCUGGGAGAAGGAGGAAGGGAAGAGCCGGCACGUGGACUUCCAGUGCGUGCGGAGCAAGAGCUUGCCCAGCAUGGUAGGAGGGGGCGAGGGCGGGACCCCCCACAGUCAUGCCCCCCUCCAUCCUCCGCAGGUCGAUGAGCUGGACCGGCUCAAUGGACCCUGCCUCUGCCUUCCCCUCUCCGAAAUACAGGACGGAGAUCUCUGACGCAGUCCCCAGAUCUGCAGCAAGACCACAUCGGCCCUGCUGUGUUUACAGAGUGAAAUCAUCUGGAUUGGUUUCCUUCAGUCUCACGGGUCACUCCUCUACGCUGAGAGUCCCAGGCUGAAGAUCCUCCUGUUGGAUGUUGGAGACACCAGCUCUCGAUCUGUGAUUGGUGGGCGUGAUGUUCCGGUGCAGAAAUAGUGCAGCACAAAACGUCUGGGUCCCCUCGUCAAUACCUCAAUAUUUUACAAUGCUUAAGCAAAGACUUAUUUAGGAGCCAUAUGAGAAAUACAACACCCAAACAUCUUGUGUAACUCUUGAGUACGUUAAUCUGUUUUAACAGUGGGCUUGUGAAACCAGGAUUCAAAAUGCACCGGUCUGAAGGCACGGUCUGGUGGUGUGUCGACUGGUCAGAAGCAGGAGCAGUGUUUGAAGGCAACAAGAGAACACCCUCAACAGUGGUCAUCCCUGGCCUGGUUUAUAUUGACUUGAAAUAUCUCAUCAUGCAGUUGUUUUCUUGGAUAAUUCCUGCUGCAGAGUUUAUUUCCUUAAUUGUCCACCCAGAUAAACGCCCUGUCCGUCUGGCUCCUGUCUUUACCAGGCAGUGGAGGGAGGGGGGGGGGGACGGGAGGGGAGGAGAUGGACAUGGAUGGACAGUCAGGCAUGACAGCACUGAAGAAAGAAAAACAAAAAGGAACAGCAGGUUUGUAGGUGCAGGACUGGUUUCACCGGACCUGAUUAGCAUCAGUCAUCACCUGUGAAACCAGCCUUCGUGUUUUUCUGUUUCGUUGGGCUGUGGUUGAGCCGAGUCAUGCUGUUGAUGAAGUGCACCAUGCUAACCAUGUGUCAGGUAGCGUGAGAACGGGGCAGUGCUACACAUUACACACGGAUUGCUUUGAACACCAAAGAACGAACUUGUAUGGAGGGCAGGGCAUUGCAACGCCUGGCGAUGAUCAAGGGUUACGAGGGAUUGAAGACAGGUGUAAAAUAAUGAGUUUUAUAUUAUAUAUACACACAACGUUUGGUGUUGUUUCGGGUUUGAAUAAUGAAAGGAAUUAGAAAAAUCUGCACUUUCUUUUUGUAAACAGUGACUUUUACCAAAAAAUAACAAUUAUAAUUAAAUUCAGGGUUUUUAGUGGUAGGAAUUUUUAUUUAUUGGUGUUUCAUUUAGCACACAGUGUUCUUGGUAUUUACAAAUCAAAAUAACUUCAGUUCCCAGUACUGUAUUAUUAUUAUUGGGUUAGAUUUAGUGAAGGAAUGGAAAUAGGGCACUGGGCUAGUUACUCAGCAAGUUGUUAUCAAUCAGAUUUACAAUGUUAAUUAAAUACAAACUGCAGGACACUAAUUGCAAGUAUAUAUUUCAUUAAAGACAUACUAUAUCUGUAUACUGAAGUAUGUAUAUUAUUGUUAUGCACAUUAUAGUCUAUUAAACUUAUAAAGGCCAAAGAUUGCUAUUUAACUAAAUUGUUUUGCAUCGUCUCUUUAAAAUGCACAGUACUUGGAAAAACAUUGUGCACAGGCUUGAUGCUGCUGUGAUCAGUCUUUCUGAAAAUAAAGAAGGUAUAUUAAUAAA